GUAGUGUCAUAGUGUGGCGCUGUACUUUACUAUAUAAGCUUCUACAUGUAUGUAGAUAAGCCCACUUUUUCUAACCAGCCUUCUGUAAAACAUUAAAUUAAGAUAUCAGAUUCUCUGCUUUCAUUUGGUCGCCAUUACCUCCAACGCUGAACAUAAUGGUGACCCCUAGUUUAAAUCGCGGUUAAUCUCAGUACUUUAAAGCGAAUCGCUAGUAAAUUUAGUAAAAUUUGCGAGCCGGUACGUCGAGGAAUCGCCGCGUAUCCUGAUUUAGGCCGGGAGAGCAACGUUACCACGUAGGCAGCAACCGCGUGGGGCUCCGCCGACCUGAAGAAGCUGAAGAGGUGACUAGGAGGCGACCACACCACUCGAUCGAGCGGCCUGAGCCAACGCGACAGGCGCCGACCGAGCCACCAAAGCGGGACCACGUGCGUGGCACCGCAGCCGCAGCAGGGAACGGCUACCGCAAGUACCAAAGGGACCACGUGGGUGGUACCACACCAGAGGCAGAAGGAGCGCCCAAGCGAGGGCAAUCACCAAGCUACGCCACGCGCACGAGCAUCAAUCGAGAAGGCAAGUGAGCUGGCAUUUCCUAACCUAUCUACCAAAUCUCCCUACCAAAUUUAAUUGUAAUCGAUUUAUUUCCUACAAAUUGUAAAUUGUAAUCGUUCUUAAUCAUGUUAGAAACUUCCAAAAACACUCUAGAAGAGUUAGAAAUUAGGCAGUUAAAAAAUAGACGAGGUGUCUGUAAGCGAAAAUUAACUGUAUUUAAUAAAUUUAUAGAAAGAAUCGACUCAAGUGCAUUGACGGCCGAAAUAAUUGUAGACAUAAGCUUAAGACUAGAACAAUUACCAAAGUUAUACAAUGAUUUCUCUGAGAUACAGGACCGGAUCGAGACACUGUGCAGCGACGAAGGGGACAUCGAAGCCCACGAGGCCGAGCGUAUGUCAUUUGAGGACACAUUUUACCGACUUAGCGCUAAGGGCAAGCUGCUGGCGAAGGUAGAUACCGAUUCAACACCAAAUGACCAUAGUCCGCAAGCCCCGCCGCAGCAACCCCUCGGAUUUCAAAACCUUCCUAAAGAACCGAGCUGACCGGCUGGAAGCGACCAGCCCAGCAGUACCAUCGGACGCACCCAGCACUUCCAAGAAGGCCAUGGUAACCACGUCCGAACCUAUCAAGGUAACCUCCAAACAGUUUAAAUGUAACCAGUGUCCGUAUUGUUCGAGUACGCAUUAUAUUAAUCAGUGUCCAAAGUUUAGUGCAUUAAACGUUAUCGCGCGCAUCCGAGCCGUGAAUAAAUUACGAUUAUGCUUUAAUUGUUUGUCCGGAACGCAUGUCUUAACAAACUGCAGGGCCAGUACAUGUCGAGUAUGUAAGGGCAAGCAUCAUACGUUACUACACAAACCAAAUACCAACACUCAUGUAGGUAGUAACCCCGUACCAACGCGAUUACCAAUAUCAACGUUAAUCGACGAACAACCGAGUUCUAGUCAAAUCGAGACUACCUUGUCGAAUAACACUUUAAUCGAAAAACAAAUAAACAAUGCGCGAAAUAGGUCAGUUUUCCUUACAACAGCCCAAGUGCUCGUUAGGGAUAAGCAUAACAAUGUGCAUAAAAUGAAGGCAUUUUUAGACAAUGGCUCGCAAGAAAAUUUCAUUACCGAAAACGCGGCCAAAAAGUUACAAUUAAACAAGGAACAACUUGCCUUAAAUGUCAUAGGUUUCAAUGAAAAAGUGUCUAGCCUUUUAGAAUCGUGUGACGUAACAUUGCAUUCCUUAGACGGAACCUUUACAACGAAUUUGUCCUGUUUUAUUACGCCUAUAAUUUGUACUACCAACAUUUUAAUACCAAACGUGCAACGUUGGCACAUUCCGUCGCGUUAUAAAUUAGCUGAUGACGAGUUUAACUUAGCUCAAGAUGUAGAUUUGCUUAUCGGUGGGGAGAUAUUCUUUGAUUUACUUCUUACCGGUAAAUACAAGCUCGGGCCCGGAUUACCGGUUCUGAGACGCUCGCGAUUAGGAUGGAUAGUCACGGGUUCCGUACAAAAAAAAACCGAGUCUGCCAUUCAAUGUAAAGUUACAGUAGAAACUCAAUUAAAAAAGUUUUGGGAAAUAGAGGAGGGUUCCGCACCAAAUUUACCCUAUGAUGAAAAACAAUGUGAGGAUAUAUUUCUGAAAACUCACACUCACAACUCUGAGGGUAAUUUCGAAAUAGAACUUCCAUUAAAGCAGCCACCUACCAAGUUAGGUCAAUCUAGGCACAUAGCAUAUCGGAGGUUCAAAACAUUAGAAUCCAAGUUCGAGCGGAACCCCGAAUUUAAAGAUAAAUAUGUGAAUUUCAUGCGCGAGUUCGAACAAGCUGGCCAUAUGAUUCAAUUACAAGAUAAUUAUGAUGGCCCAUGUAAUUUUCUACCCCACCAAGCUGUUUUCCGCGACUCCCCCUCAACCCCUAUUCGAAUUGUUUUCGACUGCUCAUGCAGAACUGAUAACGGCAUUUCUUUGAAUGAUAUCCAAUACAAAGGCUCAAUAAUACAGGACGAACUCAUAAAUAUACUUCUACGAUUCCGAAAAUACCAAUAUGUUAUUAACGCUGACAUACAAAAAAUGUACAGAUGUAUUUAUGUUAAACCAAAUCAACAAUACCUACAAUGCAUAUUUUGGCGGGAAAAUACUCACCAAAGACUCCAAAUUUAUAUGCUGACCACAUUAAGUUUCGGCUUAAAGUCAGCACCACAUAUUGCAACCAGAUGUUUGUUACAAUUGUCAAACGAAAACCAACACACAUUUCCAGCAGCUGCAGAGGCCAUAGCGAACCAGUUCUACAUGGACGAUUUUAUCGCCGGCGGCGACGACGAGAAUCAGGUAGCUGAAACUGCAUCACAGGUGAACGAGAUCCUGCGGGGAGCCAACUUCACGCUGCGGAAAUGGAAGUCCAAUUCCGAAGUCAUCAUAAAACGGGGCUCGAGUCAGCCAAUUUCCUGGCGGCGCUGCGACGAUUCAUCGCCAGGAGAGGUAAACCGAAGGAGUUGGACUUCUGGCGGCGCUGGUCACGUGACUACAUCGGAACGCUGCAGGAACGCACGAAGUGGAGGAGCGCGCGCGGCCCAAGCCUCGCAGUCGACACCGUCGUCCUGGUACGAGACGAGCGUCUGCCGCCCUGCCGGUGGAGGCUGGGCAAGAUCGUCGCGACGCAGCCGGGCCGGGAUGGCGUCACCAGGGUGGCCGUCAUCCGAACCGCCAGAGGGGACAUCCAACGCGCGUUCAAUAACAUUUGUCCAUUACCUACUUCGGGUGAAGUCAUAUAAGUAGUAAAUACCUACCAACAGUACCAACCUAAUGUAAAGUUCAAAUAAUUAUAACUAAGUGUCAAAUAAGUAUAAUUAAGUACCUAAAUUACCUUACUUACCUAGUACCUAUGUACAUAAUUAGAAUACCUACUCCCUAUUUAAAAUAAAAAUCAUUUCCUA